AUCUCUACAAAUAAAGAGUGUUGACUAUAAAAACGCUUAAUAAAAAAUGAUCAACUCACAUUCAGACUGCUGUAACAUUGAUAAAGAAUAAUAAUAUAUAAAAAUCUUCCAAAAUGUUUUUAAAUCAAUCAACAAAAACUUCACGUUCCUUUGGAAUUUUUUCUAUUCCCUAUUUUCUACUUAUGAUAUUUCUCAUAAAAGAAUGUAGUAGUCGUUUAAUUUGCCAUUCGUCUUCUAAUCUGGAAGCUGGACAAAAAUAUGAAAUCUCUCAUACGGGUUUUCAAGAGAAAGAUUUUGAUGAUUCCAGUUGCAUUUGGGAUCUAAACACUUCUGAUGACAAAAGACUUCAACUAAAUUGUACAGUGAAAUUAUCAUCGGCAACAUGUGACACACAAGCUGUUGAACUUUACACAAAUUUUAAAGAGACACAAAGUAAUCCCGAUCAGUAUUGUGAAACCACUUCAUUUAUCACAACAUCCUUAGGACCAAGCACAAGAAUUGUUAGUCGAAGUCAAUUUAAGACAUCAAGAGGAAAUUUUACAUGCAACAUUGAAGUAGUUCCAGUUCCCGUGCUAGUGCCGACAUUUGAUUCUCAGUACUGGCAAUAUAACGUCUGAUAACCGACUAUAGACUCUGAUAUUCUUUCAAAAUAUAUAAGUUUACUGAAAACUUGUAUAUAUUUGUGUUAAUUAAAAAAAACAAGAAUUAACAAGAAUGCUGAAGAAAAUAAAAUAAUUUUAAUUGUUAUAAGGAUUAGUGUGAUUUUCUUUAAAAAAAAAAAUAAAGACAAAAUAUGUUUAAAUUAA